ACCCUUCUUUCUCGCAAGCGCCGCCCAACACUCUCCCUUUCUUCACAUUAAAUCUCACCGCCAAUUAAGGAUGAUGAGCAGAAGAGCUGCUGUUUCUGCAAUCGAUCUCAUUCAUGGAAGAGUAUUUCUCAAUCGAUGGUCGCAUAAAUCGGGUAUUCUCUCUCCUCCAUUCUCUCUCUUCUCUUCCAAGGCUUUUCAACCUAAGCAGCCCAGAAUCGAUUUCAAUUGUGUUAAAAAGCUUGACGAUGCUAUUGAAUUGUUUCAAAAAAUGAAGAGUAUGCAGCCGAAGCCUUCUUUUCUAAUGUACAACAAUCUUUUGAGUGUUACUGCAAAGAUUGAGCAAUACUCUUUUGCCCUUGAUGUGUUCGAUGAAAUGCUUAGGAUAGGUGUCCCGGUUAAUGAGUACACAAUGACAAUUGCGGUUAACUGUUGUUGUCUCUUGAAAGAUAUGAACUCUGGUUUUUCUAUAAUGGGAUUCUUUUUCAAGAUCGGUUAUGAACCAAAUGUCGCGACUAUAGGCACUCUCAUUAAAGGAUUAUUUUUAGAUAAUAAGGAGGCCGAAGCUGUGAAAUUGUUCGAAAAGGUUCUGCAUUUGAAUCUUUGCAAGCCAAAUGGUGUUAUGAUUCUGCAUGUAAUAGAUGGGUUGUGCAAAGUUGGACAUGUCAUUGCAGCCCGUGAAUGGCUUCUUAGAUUAGAAAGUAGUGGGUGGAGAGCCGAUGUUUGGUGUUAUAGUGCGUUAAUUGAUGGAUUCUGCAAAGGUGGAAUGGUUGAUGAUGCUUUCAAACUCGUAUCCAUGAUGGUUGGGAAGGGUAUUGCGCCCAACGUCUUCACUUAUAAUGCACUUAUUGAGGGGUUUUGUUUGAAAGGUGAAACCGAGAGAGCAAAGCAACUAUUUGAUUCUAUGAUAGUGAGGGGCCUUAAACCCAAUAUUGUUAGCUAUGGUAGCUUAAUCAAUGGAUAUUGCAAGAGGGGGAGCCUCGAUGAAGCUUGGCUUCUUUUUCUUGAAAUUCCGGGUAAAGGUUUGAAGCAUGAUGCACAUACUUAUAAUACCAUGAUACAUGCAUUAUUAAGGAAAGACAGAUUUGUAGAGGGCUGGAAGCUUUUUGAGGAUAUGGAAGCUGAACAAGUACAUCCCGACUUGCAUACUUAUAGUAUAUUAUUGGAUGGGCUCUGUAGGAAUGGAGAGAUUGAGGAAGCUCUUUCGUUACUGUCCGUGAUUGAAGUGAAAGGAUUUACUCCUGAUAUAGUCACGUACAGCACCCUCAUUGAUGGGUUAUGCAAAAAUGGAAAACUCAACGUUGCAAGAGAUCUUUUCAAUCAAAUUCCUUCUAAAGGUUUGCAACCUGAUGUUUGGACAUACAGUAUCAUCAUUUAUUCACUUUGUCAAGAAGGAUCUAUGGAGGAGGUAGAACGUUUGCUUGUAGAGAUGAAAAACCGUGGCUGUGAGCCUAAUCAUGUGACAUACAACAUUAUCAUCCGGAGUUUGCUAAAGCAAAAUGAGCUUCACAAGGCAAUAUCAUUCAUGGAAGAAAUGCGCCAAAAGGGAUUCUCAUCAGAUUCUCCAACCUCUUCGGUGCCAAGUGAACAGAGUGGAGAUGAUUUCUUUCUCAAAUUGAUGAAUGACCUCGCCCCAAAGGAUAUUGUUUCAUAGUCCAUUUCUUCUUCAUAUAUGAGGGCGAGCAUUCGUGCAGCCUAAGAUCCAAAGGAUUCUGUCUCAGAGCUGCAAACCUGAGUUUGAUUCUUUAUAUGCUUGAAAUGACUUGUUUUAGUUGGUGAGAUCAGUGAGCCAGUUGCGUUGUUUAGCCGUGAUGAACGAGUUGUGCAGGAACCAGAAGAGUCGAGCUGUUGGUGAUCUUUUUUCAAUGGCUCGUGCAGUUUAAGGUUAGAUGGAAUGAUGUGAAAUAGGAAAUUCUGUUUAUUAGUUUUUGAUUUGAUCACUUUUAAUACAUUGGUAGAUUUGUUGUGCAAAAAUAGGAAAUUUGAUGAGGCUGAAAUGUUUUCUAACCUAUUGUGAGAAUGAAAGUUAUUUUUUUCA